UUGCUGGGAAUUAAGACAGGAGAGGUCUCAUUUCGCUCCUUUCGCCAUCACUAGCCACAUCCAACAGGUCUUAAACAUGCUAUAUCCACUGCUCUCGUGCUCUCAUCUAUGUAAUUAUGCUGUGGACUUGAAGAAGGAAAUGCCAUCAAGUGAAACUUACGGAUUGGGCAUAGUUGGAUUGUCCUUUAUUAUUAAUGCAGUCGAUGGUGUUUUCACAUCAAUAUCAAGCGAGUUUCGUCAUCAACGGGGUUCUCCGACAUGUCCAAAUAGUCAUGUCCGCUUCAUUCUAGAUCUAGCUCAGAGUCAUCCAUUGCUUGAAGAUUGCAGUCCCAUAGCCUUACAACAAAAGGCUAAUCAAACCUCCUCAUGCCGGGGCCAUGAGAGAACCUUCGCACCCGAGUGCAAGAAUUGUUUAAUGCUGCCUUACUCUGUAGCUAGCUCUAAAGGAAUCUUCCCAAAGUCCCCACUCAAAAGGCAGAGUAGCAGAGGAGCACAACUGAAGUCCCUUGGUGAUUUUGAUCGGUCUUGGAAAGAUUUCAAAAUGUUCAUCAAUCAACCAGCGACUACAAAGCCCGGUAUUUGCUCUCACUUUCAUACUAUGACAGAGUAUAGUGAGGAACUGCUUGAAUCUGGUUUCAUUAAUACUCUCUGGUACCGAUACGGUAAUAUCGGCAUCAAGAGUCUUUUGUUGGCCAUAUGUCAUGCCUUCUCACCAAGUCUUGUCAAGCUGUUUUGUUGCUUCACCGGUGUGAUGAUGGCCCGGUCUUCAUCGCCAUCUUCACUUGUCCACCACUGUCCUUUAAAAUUAUCUUUUCAGGAUAAGUUUAUGAAAAUGUCCUCUCGCCAGGGCCGAGAGAGAUCGCCAUCCACUUCCUCCUUUCAGGAGAGAACCUUUUCACAACAGUCCCUCUUUUUAAGAGGUGAUUCUCACCCGGUUCUCGAAAAGUGGAUCAUCACUGAUGCAGGAAUAUCCACAUCUCACUCAACGACAUCUCCUUUUGUAGCUUCGCCCCUAAUUGCGAAAACUUUGGUAAGUCAAAACGCCAUGAUCUCUGCUCACAGUUAUGGGACAAACUCCCUCAGCUUAGAAGCCCUUUAUAAGAAGCUUCCGGUUUUUGUCCAUGAUUCAAACCGUUUAACCUAUCCUUUUAUUGCUUUAGUUUCCCUUAGUGUAACAAGUGAGUUUUACUCUCUGACAGUGAGUUCUCUACUUGUAAUCUUUGUUUAAGUGUUAAUAUAAUCUCUAGUUUCACAAAAAAAAAAAAAGAAAA